GCUCGUUUUCUCUCUUCCCGGCACCGCCAUCACGCCUCUCUUCUUCUCCCUGUCAUCCUCGUCGCCGCCGGCUCCUCCCUCCCUUUCGCUAGAGUCAUUGCCGCCGCGGAUCCUAUAUCUUACUUGCUGGGCAAUCGCCGGCACCGCUCACCUGCAAAGAUAAACGAGCCGAGGUCGAGCUCGGCUAUUCUAGAGCCGAGCUCGAGCGAAGCCUUAGCUCGCUCAAGCUCGGCUCGUUUACCUUCAGAAAAGCUCGUUUUCUCUUUUCUACUAAUAAAGCUCUUUCCUUUUCUACUCUUCUUCCCAAGGUCCUCGCAUAGCCAUGGCCACCGCCGCCCUUCGUCUCGAUUCGGGCCUCUCGUUCUCCCUCCAUCGUGGAUCCAGGGGGCUUUCGGUCCUGCCGGGCAGAGUGAACGCCAUUUCAUGCUCCGGCGAAGACAAGACUUUGGCUUUGGCCUUCUCUUCCCCGGUCCUGGGGAAUCGGUCUUCUUUGUUACCGUUGGCGUCGGCGGUGGUCUCUGAGGCGGAGUUGGAGGCUGGUGGGAGCGUUGAUCGUGUGGGAGAGUUGAGCCAGGUUGCUGGGGUGCUUGGCUGCCAGUGGGGAGAUGAGGGCAAGGGAAAACUCGUGGAUAUUCUUGCUCAGCGCUUUGAUGUGGUUGCUCGUUGUCAGGGUGGAGCAAAUGCUGGCCAUACCAUUUAUAAUUCUGAGGGCAAAAAGUUUGCCCUCCACCUUGUUCCGUCUGGCAUCCUUAAUGAGCAAACUAUCUGUCUGAUUGGUAAUGGAGUUGUAGUUCAUCUUCCUGGUUUAUUUAAGGAAAUUGAAGGUCUGGAGGCAAACGGUGUCUCAUGUAAGGGAAGGAUUCUGGUUUCUGAUCGGGCACAUUUGUUAUUUGAUUUUCAUCAAGAAGUGGACGGACUUAGAGAAGCUGAGCUAGCCAAAUCACUUAUUGGGACAACAAAGAGAGGAAUUGGACCAUGCUAUGCCAGUAAGGUUAUACGAAAUGGAAUCAGGGUUUGUGAUCUGAGGCAUAUGGACACGUUUGGUCAGAAGCUUGAAAUUUUACUAAAGGAUGCAGCUUUGCGGUUUGAAGAGUUUAAGUACAGUGCUGAUAUGCUGAAGGAGGAGGUGGAAAGAUACAAAAGAUUUGCGGAGCGGUUGGAACCUUACAUUAUUGACACUGUUCAUGCCAUGAACCAAUAUAUUCUACAAGGUAAGAAAAUAUUGGUUGAAGGUGGCCAAGCCACCAUGCUGGAUAUUGACUUUGGAACAUAUCCAUUUGUGACUUCUUCAAGCCCUUCCGCUGGUGGAAUUUGCACCGGUCUUGGCAUUGCCCCAAGAAGCAUAGGUGACCUUAUUGGAGUGGUUAAAGCAUAUACCACAAGAGUUGGUUCAGGUCCUUUUCCAACUGAGAUCUUAGGUAAAGGUGGUGAUCUCCUUAGGGCUGCUGGGAUGGAAUUUGGGACAACUACUGGCCGACCUCGACGUUGUGGUUGGCUUGAUCUUGUGGCUCUGCAAUACUGUUGCCAGAUCAAUGGUUUUUCAUCACUCAAUCUUACUAAGCUUGAUGUCUUGUCGGAUCUUCCAGAGAUCAAGCUGGGUGUUUCUUACAAGCUCAUUAAUGGACAUGGGAUAGAGUCCUUUCCUGCAGAUCUGAAUGUUUUGGAAAAACUGGAGGUUGAGUAUGAAGUGUUGCCUGGUUGGCAAAGUGAUAUCUCUUCCAUCAGAAACUACAAAGACCUGCCACCCGCAGCUCGCCGAUACAUCGAGAAGGUAGAGGAACACAUCAGCAUCCCCAUUCAUUAUAUUGGUGUCGGACCUGGUCGUGAUGCCCUGAUAACUAAAUAAUUCGCCCGAAGAUGAAUUUUGUUAGCUAACAUGGAGAUGUUUCACCAUGCUUGUGAUGUAUCUGAUUAUUAAUUAUCUCCACCUGUAACUUGAAUAAUUACUCUUCUCAUGAAGAGCUUGAUGAUUUUUAUAAGCCUUUUGAUGCCAAAAUUUGUUCUCCGGAGGUUGAUUGCAACUUGCUUCAUUUGCUCUAUCAGAAAGAUCAGUGGCCAGUGCA